ACGCCAUUUCCACAGUCAGUCUCUCUUCAAUCGAAACACGAUCUUCCUUUGUAUCUUUUGAAGCGUUCUUACUUCAAAGAACCCUCACAGAACAUGGAGACUCAGAUCGAUUUCUUGCAACGGCUUAAACCUGUCACGGCACUCAAAAUACUUGCAUAUCUUGAUGACUCAGCGGACUUCAUUCGUGCAUCUGCUGUUUCUCGACACUGGCAAAAUAUUGUGGUCUCCAAUGGACUUAGCAAGCAGCUCUGCAUAACAAGAUUCCCUCAGCUUGCCAGCAUUACUCGAGUAGACGAAGUGAGUCACGACAACUCGGAACUGAGUCACAACUCAGUGGAGAGCGAGCACCGAGCCUACGCUUCUCUUUUCCGGGCCCUCAAAACAUUCCCACAAACUUUUUGCAUUGCUGAUCCUGUGAGUGCAUCCAGCACCGAUAACUACCCACAAGAAAGCAUCAUGCAUACUCUAGACCCAACAGACAAAAUCCAGCAUCGGUCCUUGUAUUGGUCAAGUACAGGAAGUGAUGAUCCAGAAACACCUGAGACACUGAUAUAUAAGUUAACAGCAAAUCUUUGUGUUAUAACAGAAAUAAACUUGCAUCCAUUCCAAGCUUAUUUUCAGUCGGACUUGCCGAUAUACUCAUCAAAAUCUGUGCGAUUCCGAAUGGGUCAUCCGAAAUCAUUAAACGGGUUAGACCACAAUUUCAUGGAGGCACAAGAAUGUGCAGAUGACAAGUUUAUUUGGACAUAUACAUCACCGAUUCUCCCCAUGGCACAGGAAAAUCGCUUACAAAAGUUCAAGUUGCCCGAACCUGUAGUCUGCAUCGGUGGUUUUUUGCAAAUUGAGUUGUUAGGUCGGGUUCAGGAACAAGCACUAGAUGGCAAAUACUAUAUAUGUCUGGCUCACGUGCAAGCGAUAGGGCGCCAAUUAUCACCUGCAUUUAGUGUUGAAUUUUCUGAACCUUCCAGUGGUGUAUCUCUGAAAUAUGAUGCUGUGGAAUUUGGACUUGCAAUGAGAAAUGAUUCGAGUGGACGCGAUAGUUCGCUUAGUACAAGUUUACUUCCAGUACAACCUCCUAGCUAGACCACUGGCUUGGGGCAAUUUACAAGACUUUAUGCAAAUGGUACCCGCGCAUCCUGAUGGUGUUGAAUAUGAAUGGGUUGAUGAUGAUGAUGAUGAGUUUUAGAUGGUUUGAGAAGUGUGGUGAAAUAUGGUACAUUGUGUUUGUCUUGUGUAGUAUAACUUAGUUGUUUGACUUUCAUGUUGACUUAAGAUCGUUGUUUGACUUUCUGAGUUGAAUAUGUUCAAGAAAUGGCUUUAUUACUAAGCUUUCUAA